AUGCCAAUCUCGACAUUUUCGGAUUGGAGUGAGAGAAGAUCCCAGGUGUUCGAAGUUGCGCCAGUCGCCGAAACCCGAUGGAAAUACCUUAGUCGAUACUUCACCACCUCGGAGGGAUGGGUCGGCGACUAUGAUUAUGUCUAUCUCAUCACGCCGAACAUCUGGCCGCUCAACAAGCGGUACAAGAAUUUCGAGGCACCCUUCUAUGGACUGAAUGAUGAAGUGCCCAUCCUUCUCACAAUAAUUCUUGGGCUCCAACAUGCCUUAACCAUGAUCGGCUCUGUGGUAUCUCCUCCAUUGGCAAUCGCCAGCGGGGCAUUGUACCUUGGAGCCGAGCAAAGUCAAUACCUGGUUUCUGCAGCCUUCAUCACGACAGGAAUAGCGACGGCCAUGCAGGUGACGCGCGUGCAUUUGUUUAACACCCCAUUCUAUAUCGGCACUGGACUGUUGUCCGUGGUGGGUCCAACCUUUGACAUCCUCGCCAUUGCAUUUAGUUACACGGACAUGCGCUAUGCAAAUGGCACUUGUCCUACGUCACCGGAUGGUUCCAAACUGCCAUGCCCGGACGCAUGGGGUGCAAUGCUGGGAACCAUGCUCUGCACUGUAUGGAUUCAGAUUGCGAUGGCAUUUGUGCCGCCCAAGGUGCUGAAUCGGAUUUUCCCCAAGGUUGUCACAGGUACAUUGCUGUUGCUUAUUGGUGUGUAUUUGAUCUCGAGUGGGAUGGAGAACUGGGGCGGCAGUUCUAACGGUGAUGGGGGGUCCGGGUACUAUGCAUUGUGUCCCAAUUCUGGCGCUCCCAAGCCACUUCCUUGGGGUGACCCAAAGCUUAUCGGGCUUGGAUUCAGCGUUUUCUUCACAAUCAUCGUCGUAGAGCUCUUUGGAUCACCAUUAAUGCGUUCCGCAUCUGUUGUAUGCGGGCUAGCAGUGGGAUGUGCGAUCUCGGGAGGGACAGGAUACUGGUCGCGAGAGAAUAUCGAUGCCGCACCGGUUGUCACAUUCCUGUGGGCAGAGACCUUUACGCUCUCGGUCGAUGGGGCGUUGGCACUCCCGUUCUUAACCAUGUUCAUAUGUGAAGCUGUGAGCUGCAUGCCGGAUAUUCUGGCAACAGCUGAGAUAUCCGGGCUGGAGAUUGAUGGUGUUGAGUUCAACAGUCGCAUCCAGGGUGGUAUCCUCUGUGAUGGCAUCGGCAGUCUCAUCAGUGCCCUCGGUACUGGCUUGCCAAUGGUCAGUCAAGCUGGAAAUAACGGGGUCAUAUCUUUGACCGGAUGUGCGAGUCGAAGAGCCGGAUGGUGUGCUGCCGCCUUUUUGAUUCUGAUGGGCAUAUUUGGUAAAUUCGGUGCUGUAUUUGGAUCCAUGCCACCGUCAGUACUGGGAGGAAUGCAAGUGUUUCUGUACAGCACAAUUGUCGUCGCUGGUAUCAAGGUGCUUAGUUUGGUCGAUUUUACCCGACGCAACAGGUUUAUCCUCACCACAGCGCUGGGAAUCGGCUUUAUCGACAUCGUAUCUCCCAACUGGUUCAGUCAGAUUCUGGCCUACGAUGGCCCGAACAUACGACUUCAGGGCUUUGAGCAGGGUAUCAACUUGGUGGUGGAAACCCCGUUCAUCAUUGCGGCCGUCGUUGGCGUCGUAAUGAAUCUAGUUCUGCCCUAUGAUCGGAAGCAGUUGGCCGUGGUAGAAGGGCACGAGAGGCAAUUGCCCCUUCCUACUUGA